AUGCAUAAAACAGAACAUAUUAACACUUUCACAACCGCAUGUUAGCGCAGUGAAACGUCGCCAGUGGCCGGCAAUAUUUUGGAAGAAAAAACUUUACGUAAAUUCAUGAAACAAUUAACAUUAUUAUGACGUGCUAAGAAAAGUUUUGCAAGUGGCUUGCCACUGGUACCACGUGGGAUUCACCGGCAAAUAGCGACUGGCCUAUCAAUGGUACCACGUGAGUGUCACCGGCAAAUAACGACUGGCCUACCAAUGACACCACAUGAGUGUCACCGACAUAAAACGACUGGCCUGCCCAUGACACCACAUUGGUGUCAGCGGUUGUGAAAGUGUUAAAAUACCAAAUUAUAUAGAAAAUAUUGUUAACAAUUAUAACAAUAUAGAUUUCAUAAUGCAUUUUCGCUUAUCAAGAACGGUAGCAUAUGGUCUAGUAGAUCGAUUCAGGAUGUGUGAUGAAUUUACAUCGAUGGAAAAUCUGGUAGGACGUUUAAAAGUUACAGCUGAGAAACAUAUCCUAUGUUUUCUGUGGUUUGUUGGACAUGAAAGUGCAUCAUAUAGAGAUGUAGCAGACAGAUUUGGAAUAACAAUUAGCACUUUAUACCACGUUAUUAGUAGAGUAACACAAUUUUUUAUGUCUCUUGCGCCUAACUACAUAAAAUAUCCCUCCGCACAUGAAAAACUAGAAACUGCUACUUUUUAUGAAGAAAGAAAAGGAUUUCCUGGUAUAAUUAGUAAUAAACUGACAUUAAUAUACUUAACAUUUAUAUACUUUAUAUUUUCUUUAUUACAUAGCAACGCAUCACUAAUAUAUGAUAUUUCGUCUCCAGGUGCUAUUUAUGGAUCUUAUGUCAGAAUUGACAAACUAAUAGAAGAUCCCGAUUCAUAUAUUAAUCGCAAACAAUAUUUUUCGUUGCACAUGCAAGGAAUUGUUAAUCAUAAAAUGAAAUUUAUCGAUAUUUUUGUAGGAUAUCCAGGUUCUGUGCAUGAUGCAAGAGUGUCGAAACUCACCAAUAUAUGACAAUCUACAUGAACUUUGUGCAGAUAAGAAGUACAAGACAUGAAAAAAGAUGUAAUUAGGGCUCCUGCAUAUAAUAAUUAAUAUCCAUUAUAAACAUUAAUGUUACAGAUAUUUAUUUCUUAUUGGGUGAUAGUGCAUACCCCAUUAACUCCGAAGGAGUUAAUGGUACCAUAUAGAGACAAUGGACACUUGACACAUGCGCAAAGACUGUUAUCCUUAUCUUGGACAUAUAUAGAGU